AUGACCAAAUUGCAAAAGCAACCUCCAGCCUACCCAGGCAAACGCAACUCGGCAGAACCACUUCAGACUGCAGUGCCAUACGAGGAUCUGCCACGGACUACUCAACAGCCCGUGCCUGUCACCACCGUCUCGCAAAACGACCUGCCUUCUACAAAUCCCUUCUCUCCGAACUUCAACCCCCAGCCAGUCCCGUUCACGACGCAGUCUUUUCCUUUCUCACCCAUAUCUCCUCUCGAACCCACGCCUCCUGAACGACUGUCGCAGCCACAAAUCCAUGCACCACAGCCUCGGAGACCGGAUGCGGCUCAGAGACGAUCCAUGGAUUUGCGAAGGCUCGAUGGAAAGCCAUAUCCCUCUUCCAACUCUGCGGAGAAGCCCACAAAGCAAGUCAAGGUAGCAAAGGAUAUGCACGAUGGCGCCCUGCCACCGGUGUACAAACGUCAAGCGUCGGAUCCAAUCAACCCCGCUGAGGCUGCUCAAGCCCUCUCCAAUACUCGUGAAUGCUUAAAGUGCGGCAACAAGCGUGAUGGCGAAGGUCCAGGGCACAAUGGCCACGGUCAAGGCUGUAACCUGUGUGGAAAGCGCAAGGCUCCCACUCCAGGACCCGCUCCGGCAGCUACUCCUCCGCCUUCGGCUCCCCAUGCGCGUACUGUGCCGGAGGGAACGACAUCUCACCAGUCUCAACCCUCGGAUAGCACUGCUGGGCCUUCAAGUUCGCCGACCUCAACGCCGGGUGCCAACUGCUGUGCUAAAUGUGGCAAAAAGAAGCGACCAAGCUCAAUUCCCAAGCAGCAACUGCCAACCCAUGUGGGACGACCGCAUGGAAAUGGGCCUGCAUCCGCACCCAUGCCGAUGGCUCAUCGUCCUGCAAUGAAGAUGCAUUCGGCUAGGCUCUCCAUUCAUCCCAACGUGGCUGGAACUCACAAUCCUGUGUAUCCCCAAAUUGAUGUGAUUCCGCCGUCAGCAUCAUCAUAUAAGCAUGUGAGCUCGCCAUUUACGAGUUAUGGAGAAGAUGACUCUCCCCUUGUGGCCAAAGCCACCAAGCAGGAAUUUAAAGUUUUCCGCAAUUCGUCUCUAGCUCGCUCGUUGUCUCGUCACCUGAGCAAAAAGGACAAGGGGGUGGUAGCACCUCUUCCCAGCCAACAGCUUGCCGCAGAUGAGAAUCAGUCUGGCGAGCAAAGUGCUGGCAGAUUGAUCAAUAUGAUCAGCAGUGCCAUGCAAGGACCACUGAGUGAUCGUGACGCACAAUAUUCACGACUUGAAGUCGGAGAUCAGUCAGAUCGUCCACAGACUCCAUUCUCAUUUGUCGGUGGAAAAGAUGAUCAAGAUAUGUUUGAGAUGGUGGAUCUUCGUGAGAGAGAAUCCGAAGACGAUAGCCUAAAAGAAGUGGUUGGCAGGGAGGUGUCCGCCACUCGAUCUGACGGCGACUAUUCUGCAAUCCCACAAGACACGAUUGAUGUCAUUCCGAGACCCAAGUCGACCGAGCCCCGCGGUCAGUUUUUGUCCGUGCAGGAUGCAGAGCAGCGACCUCCCAUUACCAGAUUUAAGAGUUUGAGGAAUGGCGUUUCGAGAAUGAACAGUAUCAGCAGAAGCACCAGUUUGAAGCGAUUGGGAAGUUUGAAGACGGUUCAUCAUAAUUGGUAUAGAGACGAUAUGGCUAUUGAAGGCGCCACAGGGGAUAACGUCGUUCCUGUCUAUUGA